AUGCAAGAAAGUGUUCCAGAGCAUCAAAGGCAUACUUUUGGCACUGUUGAUGCUGUUGAUGGAGUUUUAUUUAUCUCAUUUAGAAAUUCAUGCAGAGUUGAAGUUGGAUUUAUAUCAACAGAAAGGUUCAAUGAUUCUUUAUCGGAAGAUGAAGAUUUGAUCUUAAACAAUUUUUUUCCACCUUUUUAUUAUAAUAUCUUUCAUGGAUGGUUUCGAGAUUAUGAUCCAUAUUUUUGUGAUAUUCAAAAUUUCAAUUGUUGA